UGUCCUCGCUGUCAGUGGGGGACGUGCUGCACGCAGCCCUCACCCUUUAAACUUCCUCACCCCUCCCUCUAGCGCGUCACCGGCUGGCUGGCUAGUAUCUGGCGGUGUGGUGUGUGCGGUCGGACUGUGGUUGUGUUUCAGGUCUCGCCGCCUUGAUAACGACAUAUUUCGGGCGCAUUUCACCGCGUUGCGAUGGGAAUUCUGAAAACAUGGCUCUAAUACGAUUGGCUGUAACGCUGCUCGCCCUGCUCGGGUCGGCGGCCGUCGGCGACGCUUUACGUUGUAACUGCACAAACUGUAAGACCAGCACUGAGUGUGAGACAGAUGGCGCCUGCAUGGCCUCCACUUUCUACAACGAGGGGAAGGAGAAGCACAUGCGCAUGUGCAUUAACAGCAACGAACUGGUACCCCCUGGACAGCCUUUCUACUGCCUGAGCGCUGAAGGAUUCAUGAACACUCACUGCUGCUACAAGGAUUACUGCAACAGCAUUGACCUGCAAGUUCCAGUUCCAAGAACGGCUGGCGACUGGCCGGAAUCGGGGAGCAGCUGGGGUCCGGUGGAGCUGGUGGCCGUCAUCGCAGGGCCAGUAUUUCUGCUCUGUGUCCUGCUGAUGGUCGGCGUGUUCCUGUUCCAGUACCACCAGAGAGCUUACAGCCACAGACAGAGGCUGGAGGUGGAGGACCCCUCCUGUGACCACCUGUAUUUGGCUAAAGACAAGACCCUACAGGACCUCAUCUAUGACAUGUCCACCUCAGGAUCCGGCUCUGGCCUGCCUCUGUUUGUGCAGCGGACAGUAGCCAGGACCAUCGUGCUGCAGGAAAUAAUUGGAAAGGGUCGUUUCGGCGAGGUGUGGCGAGGAAAGUGGAGAGGAGGGGACGUUGCGGUGAAGAUCUUCUCGUCCAGAGAGGAGCGCUCCUGGUUCAGAGAGGCUGAAAUCUACCAGACCAUCAUGCUUCGGCAUGAAAACAUUCUAGGAUUUAUCGCAGCAGACAACAAAGACAACGGGACGUGGACGCAGCUCUGGCUGGUGUCUGACUACCACGAGCACGGCUCCCUGUUCGACUACCUGAACCGCUACUCCGUCAGCAUCGAAAGCAUGAUCAAACUUGCACUUUCUGCUGCGAGCGGCCUGGCACAUCUGCAUAUGGAAAUCCUCGGCACUCAGGGUAAGCCAGGCAUCGCUCACCGUGACCUCAAGUCUAAAAAUAUUCUGGUUAAGAAGAACGGCACGUGUGCUAUAGCUGACCUCGGACUGGCAGUCCGCCACGAGUCCAUCACAGACACAAUCGAUAUAGCUCCCAACCAGCGUGUGGGCACUAAGAGGUACAUGGCUCCAGAGGUCCUGGAUGAAACAAUCAAUAUGAAACACUUUGAUUCCUUCAAAUGUGCUGACAUAUACGCACUGGGGCUGGUUUACUGGGAGAUUGCUCGUCGCUGCAAUGCAGGAGGAAUCCAUGAUGAGUACCAGCUCCCCUAUUAUGACUUGGUUCCUUCUGACCCAUCCAUAGAGGAGAUGAGGAAGGUGGUGUGUGACCAGAAACUGAGGCCCAGUAUUCCCAACUGGUGGCAGAGCUAUGAGUCUCUGCGUGUUAUGGGGAAGAUCAUGCGAGAGUGCUGGUAUGCCAACGGAGCCGCCCGGCUGACCGCUCUACGCAUCAAGAAGACUCUGUCUCAGCUCAGUGUGGAGGAGGACGUCAAAAUGUGAGCAGCCCAGGAAACGGAGAAGACGCGUCAAGACGCACAACGCGACCGCCCUCUUUUAGGAAACAAACACUAAAGACUGACUGCAAAAGAAAACCCUGCCAGUUUCAAAGCCACACUCCAAGUUGUGACAAGGCCUACCUCACCUUUCUAGCCAAAACUACUGAAAACCCUCCCCGGCCCCCUGACAUCUCUCUGCUGCCCCUUUUUGCCCCCCCCCCCCCCCCCCCCCCCCCCCCCCCCCCCCCCUCUUCAGACCACAACACACUGCAGCCCUACCACUGUUAAUAUCACGUUAGUGUUCUUUCAUUUCCCAGGGCAGGAAUCACUACUACUGUACAGGAUCUGGACUCGUGUUUUAGAACAGGCUCAACUUUAGCAGAAGUUAGGUGUGAUGCGGGUUUGAGAACAUCACACACUGUUUGACCAUGCAGCAUCUUGUAGUUGCUGUGUGUGUGUGUGUGUGUGUGUGUGUGUGUGCGCGCGCCACGGCGUAAAGAGGCUGAAGCACUGUUUCUAUUGUAACAGGUGUCUGAACUAGCAGCACGUCCUUUGAUAUCGGCUGUAGUUCAGCAAACAAAAGAAUCCAGAUUCUUCUAUCGAUACCCCCCCCCCCCCCCCCCCCCCCUGGUGGAGGGACAAACGAGUUGCACUCAACUGUAGCUUCCUGGCACGCGAGACCGACAGGUUUCAAUGGAUGUGCUCAAGUCUCUGGGUUUUUUUGUGUGGCAGGGAUGAUGUUUGGGAUGAUUUCAUUUCUAUUUAUUUGUUUGUAGGUGAUAUUUCUUAUUGAUGAACACUGUGAGAUGAGAUGCUACAAAACCAGAGUCUAGCUGGAAAGCAGGGCGUUGUAGUUCAGUCCAAGUCUUCAGAUCUUUGGCGAAAGGGGCUCACUGCAUUCAUUUUGUGAGAGAACAGUGCAAACAUGAACGCAGCCGGAACCCCAUAGGCGGCAGGCGGCGAUGCUGUGCACACGGAGCAAAUCAAAAGGGUGAAAUGGCGAAGAAAAAAACAGUUCUGUUGUGUUAAGUAUAGAUUUUAAAUGUUUUCUGGACAGUGUGAUGGGUUCCCUUAAAACUUUGACAUUAGACACUACUGACGAUGGGUACAUAUGAUUUGUAUAUAAAACUUUAUUUGAUUUCCUUUAAUGUCUCAUGCUCCAGUGUGACCAUCAUUUUGUUUUCUUUCUGUUUUCGUGUGUUGAACGGUACUCAUUGUAAACCUCGGACACGGUUCUUACCUGUGCUGAGAAAUCUAUAACCUGCUGGGGUUUGUUUGGUUGUUUUUUUAUCACUCCACUCUUGUCAAAAAUGUUGGUACUACUGAUCCGUGCAGGUCUGUUUCUGCACAUGUCCUCCGAGGUGACGUCGUCUUCUCAAAACACUGGAAAACACGAGCAUCCCAGAGACCAAGUUAUGCAUAGAAAGACUGACCCGCCGCAAAGUGAAACUGCAUGUUUUUUCUUUUUUGUUCGACUUCUGCAAACUCUGAAAGUAUUACACUGAUGCGUCACCUUUGGGCUCCGCACUGUUCCGGCCUCGCUCCAUCCAGAACCCGUUUGGCGUCCGUCUUGCAUGCUGUAUCAAACACUGGGUCCUCCAUGGUCUUUCUCCUUCUCCUGUAAAACCCAUGUUUCUGUUUUCCUUUUUUUUUUUUUUCCUGACGUUUCGAGCCAUCGACUGUUUUCAAGAAAUGUUGCUGCUACUGUUUUUUUUUUCCUCUUUUUUUUCUUCAUGGUUCAGCAGGCAGAGCUCGGCUCACCAGGGAGAUAUGAGGAAAUGGGAGAACAUCACCAGAUGCACCAAAACUGUCAAAAACACUCCUGUCCGUGUUUAGUUUGUUGCCAUGGAUAUUUGACCAUCGUGAUCAUAGGUAAUAUUCGCGGUUUAAAGAUAAUAUUGUUUGGAUGUUUUCUGAAAUGCAUUCAUAGUGUACAUAGAUAAUAUACAAUAAAUUCCUCUUUUUCUUAAAGCG